CAUAUUCUUGGCAUCUCUGUCUUUUCUCUCAUGCUGCUACCUCUGGCGUUGUCUUGUGACAGCAACAGGACUAUGAGAGAGAUCGCUGAGGACUACGGGAAUGUCAUCUCCCCGCUCCUUCAGAACCUUGUAAGUACCAUGACGGACAAGGAGUUUUCCUGUUGCCAUGGAGAUCUCAAUAGAGUUUAUGGACUUUAAAACAGACUUUAAACAGAGUUUAUGGACCGUGUUAAAUGGAGCUCUCUGCUUUCACUCCUAGGAGAACAACAUCACUGAAUCAUUAAAAGUGAUUAAUAAAACCUGCACGGAGAAGGAAAUCCCUGAAUGUGAGAAGGAUAAAGUGAGUAUUUACAAUAUUAUGAACAAACUUCCUUCAAUCUUUUCGUUCCUCCCUUUUCUCAUCUCUCACCUCUCCAAAGAUCUACCCCAGGAGAAUGGUGCAAGGCUGUUUACUUACUGCCCCCUGCUGUUUUAGAUUUGGAACUGCAUCACCAGAGUAGACAACCAACACAGAACGUUGACUUGAAUGGGAAUGUCCACUGUAGUCAUUGUAAUUCUCCAGAUGACUCUGAUCAUUGUUUUGUAGGAGAGAGAGUUUAUCCACAACCUGCUGUGUAGCCAUAGCAGACUCAUCAGGCUCUAUAAACUAGAGAGGCUCAAGAGAGACAUCCUGUGCUCACUGGGCCGCCACUGUCCUAGAAAACAGGUGAGAUCCAUUCAUUCGUAGUUAGCCAACUACACUACAUGUACAGUAUGUCUUUCUUACACAUGUUGAAAUACUCUCCUUAUAUCUACUCACUGUAUUAUUACUAGCCAUAGAUAUUGAUUGACCAUAUUAUUAUUGAGUUGUCAAUGUUCCUGUUUCUCAACAUCCAGAGGAGUCCACAAGGACAGAGCGCACACCAUCAGCAUCAGAAGAGAAAGAAGAAGCCAGGAGGAGAAGGGGAGGAGGAAAAUGAGAAAACUGAGGAGAACAGAGGGACCACUGAGGGAGGAGGGGAGAGGGUGGACAGUGGGAAACAGCAGGGACGAGAGAAAGGGGAGGGAAGCAGGAGCACAGAGGCCAUGGAGCGGAGGAGGAGACGGUGUGGACUGAAGGUGUUUGUGGACAGCCUGAAGGAGUGCUACAUGUCCCUGGCUGAAAGACAUGGAGACCUGACAUGA